AUGCUUCCUAGAAAGAGAGCUGCUGGAGAAGAGGUAGCAGGCGUGGUUGCAGGGGACAGCUUUUUGAAGAAGCAUAGGACUGACUGCUUGAUCUCUUCCGCAUCGGAGGGAGUGGAUAAUAACCAUCACCCACCGAGCGCCAUGGACUGCGAAGCCAACGGCAACAAUCCCCCGGAGAUCGACGAGGACCUUCAUAGCCGUCAGUUGGCUGUGUAUGGGAGAGAGACGAUGCGCCGUCUCUUUGCAUCCAACGUUCUCAUUUCUGGGAUCAAAGGUCUUGGUGCCGAGAUAGGUAAAUUCUUGAUUCCUUGUAUCCUUCCACCAACAGUAGACGUUUGCUUUUUUGAUAGUCUGCACACGAUCUGGGUUGCUUCGAGUUCUGACGAGGAUGGAGCAUUUAUUAAAUAAUUGAAUCUUUUUUGGAUGUCUCAGGCAUAUCAUAUUUUUCAUUUCAUUCGGUCGUACAUACGGGAAAGAUUUAAUAAGAUGCUCUUCAUUUGUAGCUCCUAGUCAGGAGCAAUCUAGAAAUAUCGUUUUAAUUAGAUGCCAAUGACCGAAUUAUCGUGUAUAAAUGUAGUUUUUUUUCAUGGUUAUUCUGGUAUGCUUGUAGCAGCAGAAGAGCGUUGGAGAGACCGUUUCUUAUUUUGUUUUUGCGAAUUCUUAAAACAUCCAUCUCCUUGUGUAAUUCUCAUCCCAUGUGAAAAAUUGAGAAGCUGACAGCAUAUUUCUUGUCUUUAAUGAGGAAUGAUAGAAUAUUUCUCUCUGUUAUGCCAAAGCCAUCUUUUGUGUUUUCCCCUACCUGCUUCAAAGUUAAUUAUUUAAUGUGAAUUAACUCGGGUCCUUUAUUUUUUCAGCCAAGAAUCUCGUUCUCGCUGGUGUCAAAUCUGUCACGUUACAUGAUGAAGAGACAGUGGACUUGUGGGACUUAUCUAGUAACUUUUUCCUGUCAGAGGAUGAUGUUGGUAAAAAUAGGGCUCUAGCUUGUGUCCAGAAGCUUCAAGAACUCAACAAUGCGGUGACGAUUAAUACCCUAACCGAAGAAUUCACUAAAGAACAUCUUUCUGAUUUCCAGGUUAGUCUCUUUUAUAGCCUGUGUUUUUCUCUUCUUGUCGUGUUACGCGUGGCUACAUGAAAAUACAUUUUUUUUCUUCCUUUCGUCGUUGUGAUGCUCAUGUGUUCAUUCUUCUAUCUCCAAUUCAUUUCAAGUUUUAAUUUGACCAAAAUUUGACUUUGACUUGGUUUUUUUCCCUAUCACUUUAGUAUGAAUGUGUGGUGAUUAGUCAUCACUGAUCUCUUCCACCUAAUUAUCUUAAUGCCUUCUGCCAAGAUUUUUGCAGUGGGAAGGGGGUGGUGCUGUUGAAGAUAAUUUGUGCAUUGUGCUGAAUUAUGGGCUGAUUUCAUCGCAGAUCAUAUAUAUGAAUUUGUUUUUUUUAAUGUCUUUCCUGCUACUUUUCUCCUCUCUUGGGGGAAGAUAUAUACGCUUGUUUAUUUCUGUGGACUUCUUGGCGGACUAUUUAUGAGGAAUAAAUAUCAAACUUCCUGACCUCUUCAGUAAAUGGUUGGCUCUGAUAUCUGCUUCACCACAUACUUUCUAUUCGAAACGAGUCCCGUUUUUCUGUCUCUAUGUUUCCCAUAUCUCAUUUAGAAUAGAAGAUAUAAUCUUGCUUUUGCCCUCUACCUUCACUUGAUUAUAUCAUAAUCGUAUUUUUAUCAUGCUCAUUCCACCAUUCUUACUGUCUGUUUUUUUUCACACACGAUUAACUGCAGUGCUGUUUUUUUGUCUUUUCUUUCCUCGUCAUGUUUUUUUUUGUAUCCCAUUUAAUGUUGUUCCCCUAGUAACAUGAUCUAGGUACUUACUGGCAUUCAUGUACUUCAUGUUGCCUUCAUGCAUCGUGUGCGUGACCACAUUGGUCUUCUCGUUUAUGUAAACAGUUUAUUUGAUCUCCGAUCGAUGAUUAAUUUUUCAUAUCUUUUUGUUUACCUGAUUCACAAAUAGUCACGUUUUCCUAUUUUGGAGGUUGUUACUCUUUCAAAUGUGUACAUUGUGUUUAUUUUGUUGUGCAGGCAGUAGUUUUCACAGAUAUCAGUCUGGAGAAAGCAAUUGAAUUUGAUAAUUAUUGUUACAACCACCAACCUCCUAUUUCCUUCAUCAAAUCUGAGAUCCGAGGCCUUUUUGGAAAUAUCUUCUGUGAUUUUGGACCGGCAUUUACUGUCACCGAUGUUGAUGGGAAGGAUCCACAUACGGCAAUUAUUGCAUCCAUCAGCAAUGAUAAUCCUGCACUUGUGUCCUGCGUUGAUGAUGAACGACUUGAGUUUCAGGAUGGGGAUUUGGUUGUGUUCUCGGAAGUUAAGGGUAUGACAGAACUUAAUGAUGGAAAGCCAAGAAAAGUUAAAAAUGCUAGGCCGUACUCAUUUUGUCUCGAGGAGGACGCAACUAAUUUUGGUCCGUAUUUGAGAGGUGGCAUUGCUACACAGGUGAAGCAACCCAAGCUCUUGAAAUUCAAACCUUUAAGCGAUGCCUUGAGAGACCCUGGUGAUUUCCUCUUGAGCGAUUUCUCCAAGGUUGACCACCCGCAAUUAUUGCAUGUGGCUUUCCAAGCCUUGGAUAAGUUCAGAAAUGAUUUUGGACGUUUCCCUGCCACUGGCUCUGAGGAUGAUGCUCGGGAAUUAAUUGCACUUGCUACAAGUAUCAAUGAAAGCAUGGGUGAGGGUCGGCUGGAAGAGAUAAAUGAAAAAAUUUUACGCCAUUUUGCAAGUGGUUCGAGGGCAACAUUGAACCCUAUGGCGGCGAUCUUUGGGGGUAUUGUCGGACAGGAAGUUGUCAAAGCCUGCUCCGGGAAGUUCCAUCCUCUCUUUCAGGUGAAAUACUUCAGCUUUUGUUUGAGUUUUGAAUUUUUGUAUUGUCCUGAUUUAUUUUUGACCUUUCAUUUACUAUAAUCUUUCUAACAAGUGUUCCAAACAUUUGUCCAGUUCUUUUACUUUGAUUCUGUCGAAUCUCUUCCCACUGAGGUUCUGGAAGCCAGUGAUCUGUUGCCGGCAAACAGCCGCUAUGAUGCACAGAUCUCUGUAUUUGGAUCCAAACUACAGAGACAGUUAGAAGAAGCAAAAGUGUUUAUUGUGGGCUCCGGUGCCCUUGGAUGCGAGUUUCUGAAGAAUCUGGCCUUGAUGGGAGUUUCCUGCAGUCGUCGUGGGAAGCUAGUAAUCACAGAUGAUGAUGUGAUUGAGAAGAGUAACCUUAGCCGUCAGUUCCUCUUCCGUGACUGGAAUAUUGGACAGGCAAAGUCAACUGUUGCGGCUUCUGUUGCAAGUACGAUAAACCCCAGUCUCCACAUUGAAGCUCUUCAGAACAGAGCGAGCCCUGAGACGGAAAAUGUAUUCGACGAUUCAUUUUGGGAGGGCCUGGACGUCGUCAUCAAUGCACUCGACAACAUAAAUGCCAGAAUGUACGUUGACCAAAGAUGUGUCUAUUUUCAGAAACCCUUGUUAGAAUCUGGGACGCUGGGUGCUCUGUGCAACACCCAGAUGGUCAUACCUCAUCUGACGGAGAAUUAUGGAGCCUCGAGGGAUCCCCCCGAGAAGCAGGCGCCGAUGUGCACUGUCCACUCCUUCCCUCACAACAUCGAUCACUGUUUGACGUGGGCCCGCUCCGAGUUUGAGGGGAUGCUGGAGAAGAUGCCCACUGAAGUCAAUAAUUUCUUAUCAAACCCUGCUGAGUAUACUUCUUCCAUGAAGACUGCAGGCGAUGCUCAGGCUAGAGAUCUCCUGGAGCGUGUAGUUGAGUGCUUGGAUGUGGGCAGGUGUGAAACAUUUCAAGACUGCAUCACUUGGGCGCGACUGAAGUAAGCUGGAUGGAACUCCCUGAUCUUUUUUUUUUUUUUUUUAUUAUAUUUAAAUGCAUAAAAAAAUAUUUCUCAUUGCAUGCAUACCUUGGAUUAAUAAUUAUUACGGGUUUUAAUACUGUGGGAGGGCUCCCCUGUGUGGUAAAAAAACCAGAAGGAAAACAAGGGUCUUGCUGCAAGAGCAACAACUGGCCCGUACAUCUGAAAAGACUUGACACACUCGAUUGAGGCUGGAAGAUUUUGGAUAAUCUGAUGGAUUGGGCUUAUCCGCGUACCGAAAAAUUGCAAAACUUGAAUCGCUAAUGCCACUUAGGGACAUCCUUGUGGUCUGGUCCAGUGAUGUUUCCUUAUUGAUUCCAUAAUUUUCUGCAAUGUGUGAGAAUUCCGGAUUUCUGAGUCAUUAUAUGACUAGUGAGAAUAUUUCUCUUGCAUAACACAAAGAAAUCGGUUGCAUCUGAUCCAGAUUGCUCUGAUUCUGAGAAAUUUACAGAUGAUGCACAUCUUAUACUCUUCCAAUGCCAUCUUGGAUCUCAAUUCAGCCUCAUGUUUCGUGAUGCUCAUGUUUCUCUCUACUUCUUAUGAUCUUAAACACCAGAUUCGAAGAUUAUUUCUCCAACCGGGUGAAGCAGUUGACGUUUACUUUCCCCGAGGAUUCUGCCACGAGUACUGGUGCACCAUUCUGGUCCGCCCCAAAACGCUUCCCGAGGCCUCUGCAAUACACGUCGAGUGAUCCUUCCCAUCUCCAUCUUGUGCUAGCCGCCUCCAUCUUGAAAGCCGAGAACUUCAGGAUCUCCGUGCCCAAGUGGGCCAAUAGCCCCGGCGAAUUCGCAGAUGCCGUUGACAGGGUGCUCGUCCCGGAUUUCGAGCCCAGGAAAGGAGUGAAGAUUGUGACGGACGAGAAGGCCACCAGCCUGUCCGCGACCUCGGUCGACGACGGCGCCGUCAUCAGUGACCUGAUUGCAAAGCUUGAGGAGUGUUCUAAGAGGCUCCCUCCCCGGUUCCGAAUGAACCCUAUUCAGUUCGAGAAGGUUAGAAAAAGUCAACCUCAUUCAGCUGCUUAUGUUCGAAUCAUUGAUUAUAUGAUUAAAUAUUAAUUUCGCUUCCUGAUCAUCUGAGGUGACUCCAACCCGAAUUGAUUUUUUUUUUUUUUGCGGAUCCCUUCCUCUAGUCUAAAAAACCAUAUAUGCUUGAGUUUUCUAGGUUCAGAUCAGAAAAGUCAAAACUAGGACCUGAUCAAUUCAUCAACUCCAGGUGUAUUUUUUCUCAAUUUGAGUUCUUGUCCAGGACGACGACACAAACUACCACAUGGAUUUGAUAUCGGGGCUGGCCAACAUGCGGGCGAGGAACUACGGUAUCCCAGAGGUGGACAAACUGAAGGCCAAGUUCAUCGCCGGGAGGAUCAUCCCGGCCAUAGCGACCUCCACCGCCAUGGCCACCGGCCUGGUCUGCCUCGAGCUCUACAAGGUCCUGGCCGGUGGGCACAAGGUGGAGGACUACCGCAACACAUUUGCCAACCUGGCGCUGCCGAUGCUGACCAUGUCGGAGCCCGUCCCGCCGAAGGUGAUCAAGCAUCUGGACAUGGCGUGGACGGUGUGGGACCGGUGGGCCGUCCACGGGGACCUCACGCUGAGGGAGCUGCUGAGGUGGCUCAAGGACAAGGGGCUCAACGCCUACAGCAUCUCCUGCGGGACCUCCCUGCUCUACAACAGCAUGUUUCCCCGGCACAAGGACAGGCUGGACAAGAAGGUGGUCGACGUGGCCAAGGAGGUGGCCAAGUUGGAAGUGCCCUCCUACCGGCGUCACCUGGACGUCGUGGUGGCCUGCGAGGAUGACGAGGACAACGACAUCGACAUCCCUCUGGUAUCCGUAUACUUCAAGUAG